AUGGAGAACUUGCCGGAAACCCUUUACGUAGAUCCAACUGAUGGAUCUUCUUCUAGUGUCACCACAGACGAAUUCAGCGAGCGUGCGAGAAUAGAGCACUUCAUAAACUUGCUUUAUCAGCCUUUGCACAGAGAAGAAGCUCUUGUGUUACUAAACAAGGAACGAAGAUGUAACGAUAUGCCGGUGAUGCUAUGGAAUGCCAAGAAUGUAUCAUUCAUUCUACUACAGGAAAUAUCUAUGGCAUACAAGCUACUGUCUCCUGCUGCACUCAGCAUGAAAGAAGCCACCAGGGUUUGCAAUGCGUUGGCGUUAAUGCAGUCUAUGGCUUCUCAUCCUGACACAAGGAUGAACAUUGUCAAAGCCAAACUGCCUGUUUACAUUUACCCAUUUCUGAAUACUACUGAAAAAGCAGCCAAGCAUUUCGACUACUUACGCUUGACUAGCUUAGGUGUUAUAGGUGCACUGGUGAAGGUGGAAGAUGCCAACACCCCAGAAAUCAUUCAUUUUCUUCUAGACACAGAAGUGCUACCGUUAUGCCUUCGUUGCAUCGAAGUGGGCAGUGAUCUUGCAAAAACAGUUGCUGCAUUUAUUGUUAGUAAGAUUCUACUGUAUGACGAGGGGCAACGAUAUUGCGGCACAUUCCCCGAACGUUUUUUUUCCAUAACAAAAGUUUUGGAAAAAACUGUAGACGAGUUUCAUGGAAAACCACCAUCGCAAUUGCUGAAACAUAUCUUAAAAUGCUUCCUGCGCCUCUCUGAAGUAUCUAGGGCUUGUGAUGCUUUGGUCAAAUGCUACCCUGCCAGAUUGAGAGAUCCUGCGUAUCUUAACUUUGCCUGUGAAGACAUGGCGGUCCGAAGAAUGGCUGAUCAAGUGCUUCAGAAUCUGGCCCGAUCAAUAUAG